UACUAAUUCCAUUCCAAGAAUCUAUGCGGGCUAUAUUUCGCUUUUGGGCAGUAUAAUGUACGAUAAGAUAAAGAUGAUAAAGAUAAAGAAAUAAUAUGAGGGGUACGAAGGAAUCUGCAUUUACACGACAUUGAAACAAACGAAUGGCUUUUCGAGUUGCUUUUCGAGUAGACCGCUCUAUCUCUCGACCUUAUAAAUGUACAACGGUCGAUAGUCAAUUAAAUCAAUUAGACCACGUUCUCGCCAAACUACGUUCAUAAAAGACAGAAGAGAGGAGCUGGAUCCUGAUCCGGCAAAGAUCCAAGUCUUAUGUAGCAUCGACCUGCAACCUGCAACCUGCACCUCUCAUCUCCAUCUCCACGCGGACAACACGGCAGAGACUAGUGCGCGCUCUAAACUCGUUAUUGAAUACAUAUCCCCUCCUUUAAAGUCUCCCGUUCGUAUCCUCUCUUAGACAUUGUCUUGGACAUCACGUCUCUUACCGGGCCGGAUUAUGUCUAUAUCCAAUGUCGGCUCCGUCGUCCUACACCUCGUGGUAUUCGUGACAACCCUUGUCAACUUUCACUCGGCGUUAGCUCACGUCGAACCUGUCAUACUCAUCGCCAUAUACAUAAUCUCUAGGCUCUUCGCCAGGACCCCCGAUGAAUUUUGCAUGUCAAAAUGUCCCGAGUUCUAAGUACCCAGGUUGAUGUCGAAGCAGCCAUCAACGGUUAUGUGACCCCCGGCGAAGACUACUUCGACCGAGGCGCCUCUUCGCCGGUUCUGUCGCUGUCGAAUCGGGGUCGGGAUCGGCGGGAGAAGAGGCCACCCCCGGUUCCUCUCCGCGCUCCGCCCAACGCUGAUAGCCUAGCCAGGAUGAUCUCCAACGCUAGGAAGUCGAGAGGCGGGAAGAAGAUUGGAAUUCGGGAUCGGAUAUGUUGCCAUCAAUGGACUUGGUUCACGAUGACUAUGGCAACCGGCGGCGUCGCUAACGUCCUCCAUUCCGUAUGGACCCCGUACCGCGCCGACUGGCUCUGGUAUAUUGGAAUCGUCUUUUUUCUCUUUAAUAUAUGUCUCUUCGUCAUGAAUUGCGUCUUGAUUACGAUGAGAUUUAUUAUGGUCCCCGGAAGUUGCCUGCACUCGUUCCUAGACCAGAUGGAAUCUCUCUUCAUCCCAGCCGUGGUAGUCUCUACAGCCACCAUCCUGAUCAACACCUGCGAAUACGGAAUACCCAUGACCGGCCCCUGGUUGCAGCGCGUGAUGGAAUGGCUGUUCUGGAUCUAUAUCGUUGUCAGUGUAGUGGCGAGCACUGGCAUGUACCUGAUCCUAUGGUCUACUCAGAUCUUUCCUAUCCAUACCAUGACGCCCGUGUGGGUUUUCCCGGGCUAUCCCCUUCUCCUGUCCGCCCCGUUUGCCAGUACGCUCAUAGCAGCAAACACCGCCGCUUCUGAUAACCCGCCGAUCGAUAGGUUGGCGAUCGCGAUGUGCGCGAUAGCGGUGCAAGGGACUGGGUUUCUCAUCAGCUUUAUGAUAUGCGCUGCGUUUAUCUAUCGACUUAUGACUCAGAAGUUACCAAGAGAUACGCAACGGCCGGGCGUCUUUAUUUCUAUCGGACCUAGCGGCUUUACGGUAGCAGGACUAGUAUCCCUUGGCCAGCAAUCCCAUGUCAUUAUCCCGGACGACUUUCAAGGCUCGACCCACAGCGUCGUGAUCCUGCGACUACUCUCAACCAUCGUCGGGCUAUGGCUUUGGGGUCUCAGCGUGUGGUUUUUCCUGGUUUCGGUCGGCUCUCUUCUGAAGUACGCACGCCCCGAACGCAAGAUGCCUUUUCAGAUGACCUGGUGGUCUUUCGUAUUUCCAAACACAGCGCUCGUGACUGCAACCUUAGCAUUAGCCGUCGCCCUCGGUAGCACUGGACUUCGCAUCACCGGCUGCGUAAUGGCUGCCGCCCUAAUCGUCGUCUGGGCGCUUGUCUUUGUUUCCAUGUUACGAUGUCUCUGGAAUAGGGAGCUACUGUGGCCAAAGGAGUUAGAGAGCGAGUAA